AUUUUACCUUACUGAAUUUAUAGCGGAGCCCUGCCGAAAUCGCGAGACAGCACUUCGUCUUCCGAGCUGACUGCUGCAGAGAUCGUGGUAUUUGCCAGAAUUUGUACCAAGUGCUAGACUUCGUCGCAGAAAAGCAGUGAAGGCUGAUAGCGGAGAUGUCGUCUGAAGGAACGCUUAGUGUUGGAGGGGGAGAGGGGAUAAGGGAUGCCAGUUCGAGUUCGAUCUCGACUUCGAGCUCGAGCUCGAGCUCGAGCUCGAGUGGGGAGAGUGGGGGUAGGACCUCUGUCGGGGGGGGAUACGGGGGAAGAGAGGGUGGCCUUGUCCCUACCAAUAUUUUAGAGGUGGGUGGCGGCCAGGGGAAGUGUUAUGAUGAGAGGGACGAGGUAGUGGGGGAGGUGGUAGGAUAUGAAUCGUGUUGGAAGUGUAGGGGGGAGCUGGGACACUUGGUGGAGAACUACAGUAUCCCACCCCAUGUGCUGGUAAGGCCAGCAGGAGGUGAGGAGCGAGCGUGCUCGGCUCCAAAAGACCAUUGGAUGCCCUUGUACGCGCACUACCUCGCAGCUGGGCUCCGGUUCCCAAUCCCGGAGUUGCUGGUAGCGCUGCUGAAGGAGUAUGGGUUGGGGUUAACGCAGCUCGUCCCCAAUGGAGUUCGGUUGGGGGGUAGUGGGAGGGAAAAGGGGUGGUUUUACUUCACACCUCGGGUAGCUGGAGGUAGGAGUAGGAAUCUGUUCACUGCAGGUCCUACCUCCAUUAAGGGGUGGAAGGAAAAAUUUUUCUUUGUAGAUGAUACGGAGUGGGGGAGGGGGAAUAGGGAGGUAGAGGAGCUGAGUAAGUGGAAAGGGAAGAAGAGAAACCCAAACCAGUACAGGCUGGGGGAGGUGGAGAAGGACGAGGUGAAGAUGUUAGAGAGGGGUGGGGGAGAGCUGACGAACAUAAUGUACCUCACCAGCCCAGAGGUGGUGGAGUCGUCUGGGAUCUAUGGGACGAGCUCGUUGAGCAGAGAAGAAAUGAAUCGUUUGAGGGCUGGGGGCAGACCAAUACGGCUACCGGAGAAGAGGUCAAGGGCGUCGGCCCCAGGUGCUCAAGAGGAGCGAGUUGGGGGUGAGGCAGCAAGGCCUCGAGCUGAGGUGGGGCCUAGCUCUGAGCCCAGGAGGGGUGUGACUGAGGAGGUCGUCGCCCGAAAGAGGCCAAGGGUGGAGGAGGUGCAGCCUCUGCAGAUUGAGGCCCCGGUCAAGUUCGUACCUCGGCCAGCCCCAGUUCAGAUUGACCCGGCACUUCGGGAGACUGAGGUGGUGGCGCCUGGUAGGGGGAAGAGCUCCGUUCCUUACCCCAGGCAGGUGGCCAGCUUCUACGAUUCGGGGAGGACGGCUGCAAAGCGCUUCAUUGGCGCUCACUUCCCCGAGGUGGACCUUCAAAGGGCAAAGGAUGAGGUGGCCCUCAGUGGGGGGGCUGGGGUAGUUCGGCAGGCCCUGGAGACCGCGAACUUAGUGAAUGCAAUGGCGGUCGAGUUCUUCGAUUGUCUCCAAGAGCGGCUUGCCUUGGUGAAGAAGAACGAGGAGCUCAGCCUCCAGAAGGAAGAGGCGGAGAAGAACUUCGGUGAGCUGACCUCAGAGUUGGAGAAGGUCAGGGAGGAGUUGGCCAGUUCGAAGAGGGAGGUCGAGGUGGAACGGGAGAAGAGGAAGAGGUGGGAGGAGGAACUUGAGAGGAAGGAGAGGGAGCUGGCCGAGGUGAAGGAGUCAGCCAAGUUGGAAGUCCACAACUCCGUGGAGGGGCAUGUGUCCAACUUCAUCAAGUCUACCACGUUCGCCGAGGUGGUGGACCUCUAUCGCUUGCCAACGCUGGUGAUGGCCUUCGCGGAUUGCCGCAAGAAAGUGAAGGCGCAGAAUCCAGAGGUGGACGUGACGAGCAUCACGUUUGGGCCUGAGGAGGCAGGGGUAGAGGAAAAUGGGGAUAGUAAGACGGCAGAGUUCCGUCCCGAGGUGAAAUUGACUUGGGAACGGGACGAGGCUGGAAAGUCUGUCCUCCCACCGACGUUAGACUUCGAGUUUGUUGCUGUGGACGAGGAGGAGGCCGAGGUGGUACCGAGAACGGAGGUGGCGGACAAUAUCCGAAAUGAAGAAGUGGACCAACAGCUCCAGAUCAUUGACUGAGCUCGGCCAGCUCACCUUUUGUAAUUUUGAUAGUGUUUAGUAUAUGUAAAGAACAAUUUCUAUUUGGAUUGGAAUGAAUGAAUGGAAGUUUG